UUACGAUAUUUCCCAUUUGGCUUCCACAGCACUGAAUUUUAGCAGCCGAUUCUAACAGUUCGCCUUAGGUCUAUUGCCUUUAACGCGCCUUUAAAAUGGAUGUUGUUGGCAACGUUAUGGAACCAGACGACCGGGUGCCUGUACUGGCUCAUCCAGAGUACAACCUGGAAAUGCCUAAAAAUGCCACAGCGUUUAUGAGAAAAAUGUCCGAUGACAAGAGCAGGCAGUGCACUUUCCAACUGCCAACUUCUCUGUACGCUAACAGCCUUUUACCUGUCCUGACCCGGGAACUGAAGAAGAGCGAGCCGCAUCCCUGGAUGGUGGUUGGUCCGGAGAGCCAUUAUGCUACAAAUUCGGGCAGGAUGGACCUUGCCGUCCAUGUCUCGCCUAGUGGCAGGGCACAGUUCGGCGACUCGCUCGUGGCAUGGAUACAUGAAAGUAAGCCUGGUUUCGUUUGGGUCGACCAGGCAAAUGGAAAGAAAGAGAAGUUCCUUCACGCUGAAAGCCGACGUAUUAACGCAGGCGAGCAACUACGGGAGCGAUUUUGCGAAGAGAAUUUGGUGGGCGCGCUCUGUGAUUACGACUGGGACUGCCUUUGGGGCUCCUCUGGCGCCGGCAUCGAUUGGGCAAUCUGGUAUAUGGAUCCCAACAAACGGACCAUUUACCGAGUGUUUUGCCCGACCGACGAGACCGCUGCCUUAGAUCCAAAUGAAGUGAAUCGUCAUUGCGUGUAUCCGCUUGAAUUCUGGAACUUCGAUGUCCAGUCCUCGCACUUUCCUUUGGCACUUUGCUACGCUCAUAAUAGCAUCAUGGAACAACUGGCGACGCUGAAAGUCAAACCGCAAGAGGACCUGGACGCGCUUAACAUGAGGGAAUUAGAAAGUGUGGUUGGAGGGAGCGCAGUGCCUCAGUCAGACAAAGAACAGAGCGGCACCCACUCUGCGGACUUCAUGGACGAUGAAAAUGUGAGUGACGAAGAGGACGAAAGUGAAACAGAAAGUAUGGAUGUGGGCGAUACGGAUUACGAGGACUUUGAGGAUGAUCACAGCCGAUCAUCGGAGGAGGAUAAAAUUGAAAAGGAUCCCUGGGCCGAGAGUGCUGAAAGCCGAAGAGGAGUCGCAGGAUCGAAAUAAAAACGCAGGAUCGAAAUCUGGACGUGGGAAACGAUCUGCGGGUUCGUAAUUUUCUGUGGCAGGCUGUUAGGAUUUUUGUUUUGCCAGCCGGUUUGCUUUUUUUGACACAUGUUGUCAUUGUCGCUUUCGUAUGCAUUUCAAGUUGUGCCGUUACGGCCCUUCCCUGAUGACGAAUAUGGUCACUUGUGAGUCGUGGGUGAUGUGAUUGAGCAAGCGCUGUGCCGCCUCUGUGCGAUCCCAGGCUCAGAUCAUACUGAUGAUAGUAAUAGUCACACUUUUGGCACUCUAAGCGGUAUGGAGCCAG